AUGAAGCAAUAUGGUGUGGAUCCGCCUGGGGCCUCACCAACUUGGAUUCUAAAGAACGGCACGCGAAGAUCUGUGGCCGGUUACGACCCAGGUGUCAACGCAGAGCACGCGAUUUUGCUGCGUGUCAAUGUUCAACAUGCUCGGGGGCAACUUCUUUGGGGUGGGCUGCUACUCGCAUUUUUCUUCCUUCUACGCAAAUCUGAGUAUCUGCUUAUUGGCCGAAAGCACCACCGGUACGCGCUUCGACUCGGAGAUAUUGUAUUUCGGAACGAGGCCGGGCAGCACGUGAGUCCGCGGCAGGCAGAAGUUGUGGGCAUCCGGCUGUCAGGAGCCAAGAACAAUCAGUUUGGACGUGAAGAUCUGCGAUUUCACAGCCGCUCAGGAGAUAAAGUACUGUGUCCAGUUAAAGCUGCACGUUGGAUACUUAGAGAGGCACGUGCAUUCGCCACACCGCCCGACCAACCGGCGCUGUCAACAGGGUUCGGCUCGGGAAUUACUGCGGAAGAGGUGGCAGACACUCUCAAGCAAGCUGCAAGUGCGCUGGGUUUGGAAGCUAGGCUGUAUUCUACCCACUCAGUCCUUAUUGGAGGUGCUACGGAGCUGAUGAACUCUGGGGCGGAUCGACUGGUGAUCAAGUUGAUGGUCAGAUGGUUGUCCAAUGCUUUUGAAGGAUAUCCAAUACUCUCGGCGAAAGGAUCCAGAGGUCUCGCUCGGUUAAUGUGCAAAUCGACCUCGAGCUAA